GCAGUUGUCAUCUCGAACACGUUACGGAGAUUACACUGUUUUUCACCGAUGACGAUGGAAAAAUCGUGAAGGCAAUUUUAUCCGUGCACGAGCAUAUUAACAUGAAGAACUUUCGGCUGGCUUCGAAGGAACAGCGAGCUCAUGGGUUCCGGUGACGAACUGCUUUUUCGCUGUCUGGAAACUAGCUGCUAAAGAUUCAUUCUGGCUUCUGCUGUUUAUCAUCAUCAACAUCACGAGAGUGCUUGGACUAAUGUCGCCUAAAGAUCCCAUCUCCUGCUUAAUAUCACCAAAUUCGCUUGUACGGCCAUCUGGGAGCGUAUUUUUCGCACUUUCUCUCGAGUUUUAACUGAGUUUAACCGUCAUCAGCGGAAAGGGGAAUUUGUUCUCGAAGUUCAAGUAACGUUAGCCGCUGACUGUAACGCGCACGCUCUUUUGUCCAGAUCUUCGACAGUGCGAUUCCUGUGCAGUUAUCCUCAUGCGUUUUUCGCUUUUACUUAGGUAAAGUGGAUACAUGAAGGCUGCUUUCACAGUCCCAUGCCUUCAUUCAAAAUCAUUUGUCGCAUAAUAAUGCGGAGAUUGUCCAAGCAUCGAGCUGAGGGCGCAUUUUCUUCUUUAUUUGGCUUUACAAAGUUGUUACGCACAGGAUUCAUUAACACAUACGGAAUGUUACCGAUUCGCCUUUCAAUAGAAAAGUGAAAACUGUCCGUUCGUGCAGUGAGCUGGCCAGACACAUCGACGGAGGGGGAAAAUACGCAGGAAAAGAAGCCAUCAAAUUUACGGAAAUCCCUUCUUUUCCCCCAGUCGGCUAUUACAAAUGCAUUCUAUGUGAGCAACUCGCUUAACUCUGCACGAUUUGGGUUAUUUUAAUACAUUCUUACCCUUUGGACGUUAUUAUGCAGAUUUAUUUUGAACUCCAUGCAGUAGUUACUAUGUCUACACAAAGCUAUACAUAUAUGUCGCGUGACGAAACGUCAAUCCGUCCUAGUCACUAGAUCGCUACUUUCUCUCAGCAUAAACUGGAAAUUACGUAUUUUUGUGUGUUUAAGAGGUCUCUUCUCUUAACUGGUCUGAGGAAUAAGUUUGAUGGAUGAUAUGGGAGACCCUCAGAGGUCCGCGCGCCUGAAAGCGCGUUAGCAAUGGCAGCGGCCUGGAUAUCUGUGGACAGUCAUAUUGCAUUAACUGUAACUGUAACGUUUGUCUUCACGAUAUACAUCGACUUUCCGAAGACAGGACGGAAAGUGACUCUGUGAAGAGCUCUCUUUCACCUGCGUGCAGUUCAGGAAGAACAGAUAACGUCUUUGAAGGACACCAGAAGGUUACUAAGCCAUUGAUGGGUGACACUAGAGGACGGUGUGUGUGAGGACCUUCAACACUGAACUCUGAUCAAGAGCACACACAUUCAUACUGCCAAAAUGAAUGAGAGACAGGCUCUCCAUUCAAUUAUGAAGGAUCUGGUGGCCCUGCAGAUGACCAGGCGCCAGCCGGCAUCAACUUAUGACACGGCAAAACCUAAACCUGUCAGCACUGCCAGCUCUUCCAAACGAAUGGAGGAUGUCAGGAUUAAGUUUGAGUUCUGUGGUGAAAGAAGGAUUCUGAUGUUUGGGCGGCCUGUGCAGUUUGAGGAAGUCCAGCAGAAAGUCAAAACAUUCUUCGGUCAGCAGUUAGACCUGCAUUAUAUGAAUAAUGAGCUGUCCAUCCCCCUGCGCAAUCAGGACGACUUGGAUAAAGCCAUUGAUCUGUUGGACCGCAGCUCAAACAUGAAGAGCAUCAAGAUCAUGCUGCUGACACAGGAACAAAGCAAUGCCUCUUCUCCAUCUCAUCACACAAUGUGUAAGCAGGUCCGCGUCAAAACCUCUCAGUCCACCGGUGAUGUCAGUACUGCCUACCAAUCCUCUGAAUCAAGAGGACGCCACCACUCCACCAGCUCUCAGAACACUGGGCGAAGUUCUCCACCCCCCGGUUACGUUCCUGAGCGCCAACAGCGAAUUGCACGUCAGGGAUCGUACACCAGCAUCAAUAGCGAGGGGGAGUUCAUACCUGAAACCAACGACCAGUGUGUGCUGGAUCCUUGGAGCAGUGCAGAAAACUCUGUGUCCGGCAGCUGUCAGUCACUUGACAUCAACUCUGACAGUCCCUCGCUCAGGAAACCUCGUACACACAGGGUUAAGAGUUACCCUGACAACCGACAGGACUGUGCAGACCGGGAAAACCAUAUAUAUGAUAAGAUUGUAGGGAAGGGAGGGACAUACCCUCGCAGGUAUCAUGUGUCGCUGCAUCAUAAAGACCACAGUGAAGGUCGACGGACAUUUCCACGGAUCCGUCGUCCCCAGGGAAACUUGUUCACGUUGGUGCCCUCACGGCGUUCACUGAACGGCAGUGAGGAGAGUUUGGGGAGCUGGCAGCUGGUUGAUACUCAAGCCAGACUCCGCCCACAGGACCGCCCAGUCCCACAUAAGUCCCCUACAGCUCCAGUGACGUGGCGAAGGGGGAAGUUGCUAGGCCAGGGUGCGUUUGGAAGCGUUUAUUUGUGCUAUGAUGUGGACACAGGCAGGGAACUUGCAGCAAAACAGGUUCAUUUUGACCCUUCCAGUCCAGAGACCAGCAAGGAGGUGAGUGCUUUAGAGUGUGAGAUACAGCUGUUGAAGAACCUGCAUCAUGAACGAAUCGUUCAGUACUACGGUUGCCUUAGAGACCAUAAUGAGAAGACCCUCACCAUUUUCAUGGAGUAUAUGCCCGGAGGUUCAGUCAAAGACCAGCUGAAGGCUUAUGGGGCAUUGACAGAGAAUGUGACACGCAAGUAUACCAGACAAAUUCUGGAGGGCAUGUCCUACUUGCACAGCAACAUGAUCGUCCACAGGGACAUCAAAGGUGCCAACAUCCUGCGAGAUUCAGCUGGCAAUGUGAAACUGGGAGAUUUUGGUGCCAGUAAGCGGCUUCAGACCAUCUGCAUGUCCAGCACUGGGGUCCGUUCUGUUACUGGAACACCGUACUGGAUGAGCCCAGAGGUCAUCAGUGGAGAGGGGUACGGCCGAAAGGCAGAUGUCUGGAGUCUUGGCUGCACUGUGGUGGAGAUGUUGACAGAAAAGCCCCCGUGGGCUGAAUUCGAGGCCAUGGCAGCCAUAUUUAAGAUUGCCACUCAGCCCACCAACCCCCAGCUGCCCUCUCACAUCUCCGAGCACACGCGGGACUUCCUCCGCUGCAUCUUCGUGGAGGCCAAAUACCGGCCGAGUGCAGAGGAGCUGCUCAGACAUCCCUUCUCCCAGAUCUUGUGCUGA